AUGCCACCAAAGCGCCGCAUCGACGCCCCCACCGUCUCCUCCAGCUUAAAGCAGAGGAACGUAAACUCGGCGCGAUCCGCGCCGGCGAUCGAAAGCGCCCGUCGACCAGCCACACGAAGUCUCUCCGCCACGCGAACUCCUCGGAUGGUGGAAGGAAAAGGGAGCGACGCGACGAAGGAUGGGGCCACCCCUCCGGCCCCGGAAACGCCGUCGAGUGAGCUUCAUCGGCCGCAACACUCGCGUUCAGCUUCUGUGGUGCCCUCCUCCGCGCGUCGCACGCCCGUUUCCCCACGCACGCAGCGCUCGCAGACGCCACGGAAGGCGAUGCAGAUGUCGCGCACCCCGAUAGAUACUUUGCCCUCCGAAAAGAGCGCCGAGCACGCCCCUGAGGAAGUAAAAGGAGAGACUGGUCGGCCGUCGAGGGAGCUGGUUUUCGACCAGGCUCUCGAGAUGAGCACGGCGGACCUUUCCAUGGCAGGUGGGAGCACGGAGGGUGGGGCGCUCAGUUCGGAACUCAACUCUCCUGCCGAGGAACAUCUGGAGGACAAGGCUCACUUCAUGGAGCGCGAUCGCGACGCGAACGGUGAGGGGGAUGAAGAAUUUCAGACCAACGUUGAUCUCGUGGAUGAGAUUAUCUGGAGUGAUGCUGACGACGACGUGGAAUUUCCUAGCCCCGAAGAUCUACGCGAGCCGAAGGAUGACGACGAGAUCAUCCGUUUAGGCACCAUCCAACAGCUAGAGGAGACUGAUAGCAGCGAGGAUGAGGCAACCCUUAAUCGUGUGGGCGACAUUCCGCUUGUGUGGUACAAAGAUGAGGAUCACAUCGGUUACGACAUAGAGGGUAAAAAGUUGAUGAAAAGUGAACGCUCCGCCCUGGAGCGUCUCCUGGAGGCCACCGAUGAUCCCAAUGCGAUGCGCACCAUCCACGACGUCCUGCAUGAUGAGAAGAAGGUCCUGACGAACGCCGACCUGCAGAUGAUCUUCAACCUGCAGCGCAAUCGCACGACGAAUUCGAAUUACGACAUGUACAGUGAAGUCCAGGAGGAUACGGUGGAGUUCGACCCGCUGAAUCACCCGCUUGCCCGCAACACAGGGCCCUCCAAGAUGAAGUUUGUACCCGCCUUGCACGAUAUGAAGGUGAUCGCGAAGAUGGUGCGUCGUAUGCGCAAGGAGGACGAGGAGCGGAAGCUCCACAAGAAAGCCCCCUCCGACGACGACGACGACGAGGAGAAGCCGUUGUGGGAGGAUGGCAAGGUCGUGCAGAUGGACACCCACACCCACUUUAAGUACUACAACCGGAUCGAAAAGCCACGGGUGGCGCCUCCAGGCACCUAUGAAAGCUACCGCCCCCCACCGGAGUACCUCCCGAGUGAAAAAGCGAAGCAACGUCAGGCGCGACUCCGCGCGAUCGACCGGAAAGAGCACUUCCUCCCCCAAUCCUUUGACGCGCUCCGCCACGUUCCGUUUUAUCAUCAUACGAUCCAAGAUCGUUACCAGCGCUGUAUGGAUCUCGCGUUCUUCCCUCGCGCGCAGCGAACGCGGCUUGCGGUGGAUCCGAAUCAACUGCUUCCCGAGCUGCCCGAUCCACGAGAGCUUCGACCCUACCCCGAGCGGCUUUCCUUUCAGUAUAAAGGCCAUACGGCGACCGUGCGAAGUGUGGCGGUCGGCCCGAGUGGGCAAUACCUCGCCACGGGCUGUGAUGAUCACCUCGUUCGCAUCUAUGAGGUCCACACGGGGCGGUUGAUGAAACGGUACGACCUUGGCGCCCCGAUCCAACAGGUGGAGUUUUGCCCGGUGAAAUCGCUUAACCUCCUCGCGGUGGCGGUGGAGUACAGCCUUGUGUUCAUCAUCCCCAGUUUCGCCGCGCAUGAGAUGGUGAAUGAGCACACCGUGCGUUACCUUCGCGCCCCUGGGCAUGCAGCUGGAGUGGAGGGAGAGGCGUUUGUGGUGGGGGGUGCCGAAACCCUCGGGGGGCGCGGGAUUACCCAAAGCGCUAUCGACAACGACGAGGUCGCCCACGAAGCCACCGAAGACCUGCAUGAUAUCGAGGAGAAGGAAAAGCGAGCCGAGUUCUUGAACGCGUCGGCGAAGGAGCGGCAGGCGGGGAUUGUCGUGAAGGUGGCGAUGCACGCGCGGAUUAAAAAGUUCACCUUCCACGCCCGAGGCGACUACCUUUGUGUGCUCUGUCCAAAGGAUCACGUCAAGUAUCGCCAGACCAUUAUGCUGCAGCUAAGCAAACGUAAAGUGUUCUGCCCUUUCCGCAAAUUCGCAGAGGUGGUCACGGACUGCCGCUUCCAUCCCCUCGAGCCGAUCUUCUUUCUCUCCACCACGAACUCCGUCCGUUGCUAUAAUCUGAUCGCGCAUAAGCUUCAGCGCCGCUAUAAGGCUCCUGGAGGCAUCACGACCAGUCUAUCCAUCCACCCGGAGGGGGAUAAUUUCCUGGUAGGCGAUACCACCAGCCACGUAUCCUGGUACGACUGCGACUUUUCCGAUAAGCCGUACAAGCGUAUGCGCUCGCACAAAGGGGUUGUCAACUCUGUUGCCUUCCAUCCGAAUACGAAAGCCUACCCACUCUUCGCUUCCGGGGCAUCCGACGGCCAGGUGCACGUCUUCCACGGCAUGGUCUACGACGACUACAAUAAGAAUGCGCUGGUCGUCCCUGUUAAAAUUCUAAACCACCGUCGGCCGGUUUACUCGGUAGCGUGGCAUCCUACGCUGCCUUGGGUCUUUACGUCUACCGAGGACGGCAUCGUCUCGGCAUGGACGGAGUGA